CCUAAAUUCCCAAUUUGAAUUUCAAAUCAUCUCCGUUGCCCUCUUCUUCUUCUUCUUCUUCUUGUUGCUCUCUCUAUCUGUGUUUCUCUCGCCGGAGCCAUGGGCGGAUCUCACAGCCGCGAGGGUCUCAGCCUCUCCGACUCCGACUCCGAAUUCGAAGAACUAGAAGAAGCAGUAGAAGAGACACUGCAAUCGGAUUCGGGUGCCCGCGCAUCCGGAUCCGAAACCCAAACCCGCUCCUCCGUCGAUGAUGUUGAUGCCAAGCUUCAAGCACUGAAACUCAAGUAUUCCUCAAAGGCCUCUCCAUCUCCUUCGAAAUCUCCAAACCCUAACCCUAAUAUCUCGAACGCCGUCAAACUCUACCUCCACAUUGGCGGCGAUUCCCCCACCGCCAGAUGGAUCACCUCCGAGAAGGUCACCUUCUUUUCCUUCUCUCGCUAUCCGUCUGGCUCCGAUGAUGAUGAUGAUGAGGAGGAGGAGCAGGAGGAAGGGAAUUGGAAGGCGCCGCCAUGGUUCUUGAAGGUCGGGGCCAAGAUCACCGCCCGCAUUAGCCCCGAGCUCCAGCUCAAGCCAUUCCCUGAUCAGCGUCGCGUCGACUUUGUCGCUGAUGGCGUCUGGGCUCUGAAGUUCUUCUCCACGGACGCUUACCAUGGAUUCUUCAGCCGCUACCAAGAUUGCCUCUUUGAGAAUACGCACAAUCGUGAGGCGAACGAUACCAGUAGGCUUAAGGUUUUUGGGAAAGAUUUCUUGGGAUGGGCUAAGCCGGAGGUGGCGGACGAUACCAUCUGGGAGGAUGCUGAGGAGAGCUUCGAGAAGAGCCCCAAUGUUGUGGCCGUCGGGCAGGAUCUGUUGGAAGAGUUCGAGGAGGAGACUGGUGGUGGUGGGAUUCAAAGCCUUGCACUUGGGGUGCUUGAUAAUAGCUUCUUGGUUGGUGAUUCAGGGAUUCAGGUGGUGAAGAACUUCAGCCACGGAAUUCAUGGUAAGGGAGUUUCUGUGAAGUUCUCAGAUGGAGGCAAAGGUGUUCAGUAUUCGACCCCAAAGAAGGCCCUGCUCAUGAGGGCCGAGACUAACAUGCUGUUGAUGAGCCCUGCAACCGUUGGGAAGCCGCACGCUACUGGUGUCCACCAGCUUGACAUUGAGACCGGGAAGGUCGUCACUGAAUGGAAGUUUGAGAAGGACGGGACUGACAUCACAAUGAGAGAUAUCACCAAUGAUAGCAAGGGAGCACAGUUGGAUCCUUCAGAGUCCACCUUCUUGGGGCUGGAUAACAAUCGGUUAUGUCGCUGGGACAUGCGAGACCGGAGAGGAAUUGUGCAGAAUCUUGCAAAUUCAAUGGAGUCGCCUGUCUUGCACUGGACGCAGGGGCAUCAGUUCUCUAGGGGCACAGACUUCGAGUGUUUUGCUUCUACUGGUGAUGGAUCCAUUGCUGUGGGAUCAACUGAUGGGAAGAUUAGGCUGUAUUCCAAGAACUCGAUGAGAAUGGCAAAGACUGCUUUUCCAGGACUCGGGUCUCCGAUCACUCAUGUGGAUGUUACUUAUGAUGGGAAGUGGAUUUUGGGGACGACUGACACCUAUUUGAUCCUUGUAUGCACAAUCUUCAAGGACAAGGAUGGGAAGGAGAAGUCUGGGUUUAGUGGCAGGAUGGGGAAUAGGAUUGCUGCGCCAAGGCUUUUGAAGCUCACUCCUUUGGAUUCACAUCUUGCUGGAAAGGACAAGAAGUUCCAAAAGGGGCAGUUUUCAUGGGUCACUGAAAAUGGCAAGCAGGAGAGGCAUCUAGUCGCAACAGUGGGCAAGUUCAGCGUUAUCUGGAACUUCCAACAAGUAAAGAACAGCCACCAUGAAUGUUACAGGAACCAGGAAGGCCUCAAGAGCUGCUACUGCUACAAGAUUGUCCUCAAGGAUGAAUCAAUUGUGGACAGCCGAUUCAUGCAUGAGAAGUUUUCAAUGACCGACUCCCCCGAGGCCCCGCUUGUCGUUGCAACUCCAAUGAAGGUGAGUUCCUUCAGUAUAUCUAGCAGGCGAUGACGUUGUACUUCAUGUUGUGGCUUACUUCCACGUCUGUACUAGUUUUUAGAUUGAUCUUAAUCUUCAAUUCCUUGCACUCCCUGUUUGUUAUGUAUCCGUAUUUUGUGUUCUGAUGACUAUACAUCCUGUUACUAUCUGAUUUAAGCUUCAUGUUAAAUCAAAAACGUUUAGUAGGUUUUUGGUA